CGUGAUUCAGAAACGCUGCGGCUAUAAAAAGGAGCUAAGCAUACACUGCGUCAGUGUUCAUCAGAAAUCUUUGUUAAAAUUGUUAAAUUAAUUUGUAAAAAUUAAAAAACCCAAUUAUGGAGUAUACGCUGAGAUUUUUUGUCUUCAUAAGUUUAGUUGCCGUUUGUUUUAGUCAGGUUAUUUCCUUUACAGGAAAGUGCCCAAAGGUCUAUGUUCAAAAAGACUUUUCCAUAGAGAAGUAUAUAGGAAAAUGGUACGAGAUGGAAAGAUUUUUUGCUUCUUUCGAGGCGUUCCAUGAUUGUGUAACGGCAAACUACACCCUGCAGCCUGGUGGUGUGGUAAAGGUUAACAAUACAGGAUACAGUCAUAAAUUCUGGGAUAAGGGAUAUACUACUGCGAUAGGUGACGCAGUUGCUGAGGACCCAAACAAUCCUGCUAAACUUGGGGUCAGGUUCUCACCACGUCAACCACGUGGUGAUUACUGGGUACUGUCAACUGACUACAACACCUACACCGUCAUCUGGUCCUGUACAGAUUUACCCAUCCCGUUCCUUAAAGCAAACUUACAAUUCGCGUGGAUUUUGACAAGACGUCCUGGAGGAAUAUCCACACAAAAGAAGGAACGACUCUACCGGCUGAUGGAAGGAUAUGGAAUUAAUACGUCUAAAUUUUCUGCGACGAACCAGGAAAAUUGUCCAGGGCGUUAAAAA